GAAACUUCACACUAAAUCAACUGAGAAGGGAAGUUAAAAACCAGACAAAUUAUUAGAUUUAUCAGUUUCUGCGGGAAAUUCUUUUGCUUUAAACUAGAAACCAGAAGAAGGAAAUGUCUGGACUAUCCCGUCGAAUUAUUAAGGAGACACAGCGCCUCAUCGAAGACCCAGUUCCUGGGAUUAGUGCAGCCCCAGACGAAACAAAUGCCCGGUACUUUCAUGUCCUCGUCGCCGGUCCUAAUGAGACUCCCUUUCAAGGCGGAAUCUUUCGACUAGAAUUGUUUCUACCGGAUGACUAUCCAAUGAAGGCCCCGAAGGUUCGGUUCUUGACGAAGAUUUAUCAUCCCAAUAUCGAUCGUUUGGGUAGAAUCUGCUUGGAUGUGCUGAAGGACAAAUGGAGUCCGGCUCUUCAAAUCCGCACCAUUCUUCUUUCGAUCCAGGCCUUGUUGAGUGCUCCCAAUCCGGACGAUCCACUGGUCAACGACGUUGCCCAGUUAUGGAAGGAAGAUGAGGAUAAGGCCUUAAGAAAAGCUCGUGAGUGGACCCUGAAAUAUGCCAUCGAUUCAAUCGAAUAAAGAAUAUUUGAGUAUAGGAGAAGGGAC